AUGAACCCUUCUUCCUUUUUUCGUACGGCCUCGCGCUCCGCAGGUCGACUGAGCAAGAUCCCCGCAGCUUCGCGCGGCUAUGCUACAGCGUUUAAGUGGGAGGACCCCCUCCUUGCGUCUGAGCUCUACACGGAGGAUGAGCUGGCUAUUCAGGAGACAGCAAGGCAAUACUGUCAGGAACGGUUACAACCACGGGUUCUUGACGCCUAUCGAAACGAAAACUAUGACCGAAAGAUUCUUGAGGAGAUGGGUGAGCUUGGCCUUUUGGGUGCUAGCAUUGAGGGGUAUGGUUGUGCAGGAGUGAGCACGGUUGCGUCUGGGUUGAUCACGAAGGAAGUUGAGCGCGUGGACUCGGGAUACAGAUCGGGAAUGUCUGUGCAGAGCUCUUUGGCCAUGACCGCGAUUCAUGAGUUCGGUACUCAGGAGCUCAAGGAUAGACUUCUCCCAGAGUUGGCGAAGGGCAAGCUAGCAGGCUGCUUUGGUCUGACUGAGCCCAACCACGGUUCUGACCCAGGGUCAAUGGAAACUAUUGCGCGUGAACACCCUACCAAGAAGGGUGUUUAUCUGCUCUCCGGCAGCAAGACCUGGAUCACCAACUCGCCUAUCUCUGACAUUUUGAUUGUUUGGGCCAAGUUACAAAGCACUGGCAAGAUCCGGGGAUUCGUAGUGGAACGCAGCAAGUGUCCUCCAGGAACGCUAGAGACACCUGCCCUCAAGAACAAGUCAGCGCUCCGUGCAUCCAUUACUGGCAUGAUCCAGCUGGAUGAUUGCCCCGUGCCCGUGGAGAACAUGUUCCCUGAUGUCGAGGGACUCACCGGACCUUUUACCUGCCUUAACAGUGCUCGUCUGGGUAUUGCCUUUGGGGCCAUGGGUGCCCUGGAGGAUUGCAUCGACCGUGCUCGGACCUAUGCCUUGGAGAGGAAGCAGUUCAAGGGGAACCCUCUGGCCAAGUACCAGCUGAUUCAGAAGAAGCUGGCAGAUGCAGUCACAGACGCUACAUACGGCACCUUGGCCGCAACCCAGGUUGCCAGACUGAAGGACGCUGGGAAAUGCACUCCCGAAAUGAUUUCAUUAGUCAAGAGGCAAAACUGUGACCGGGCGCUGGCUAACUCUAGAACACUGCAGGAAGUUUUCGGUGGAAAUGCUGCAAGCGACGAGUACCAUAUUGCUCGCCAUGUGGCGAACUUAUUUGUGGUACAAACAUACGAAGGACAGAGCGAUAUUCAUGCCUUAAUCCUUGGUCGCGCUAUUACUGGGGUGCAGGCGUUUGUGUAGUUUAGGAUACAGGUUAGCAAUC